GCAGGGAUCGGACAGCGGUGCGGGGACUUAGCCGUGUGAGCCCCGCGCAGCGACAACCGGGACAAGUGCUGCGAGGCCCGGGCUGCCUGCCAGGUCACAGAGUCGAGCGGGGACCUGUGGGGUAGUUGGCCGCACAAGCAAGAUGGGGAACCGGGAGAUGGAAGAGCUGAUCCCUCUGGUGAACCGUCUGCAGGACGCUUUCUCGGCUCUGGGACAGAGCUGUCUGCUGGAGCUGCCGCAGAUCGCCGUGGUGGGCGGCCAGAGCGCCGGGAAGAGCUCAGUGCUCGAGAACUUCGUGGGCAGGGACUUCCUUCCUCGAGGCUCAGGCAUUGUAACCAGAAGACCUCUUGUACUCCAGCUUGUCACCUCUAAAGCAGAAUAUGCGGAGUUUCUACAUUGCAAAGGAAAAAAAUUUACAGAUUUCGAUGAAGUUCGCCAUGAGAUUGAGGCAGAAACGGACCGAGUGACGGGAAUGAAUAAAGGCAUCUCUUCUAUACCCAUUAACCUCCGAGUCUACUCUCCCCACGUGUUAAAUCUAACCCUAAUCGACCUACCUGGAAUAACGAAAGUGCCCGUGGGAGACCAGCCGCCAGAUAUUGAGUAUCAGAUCAGAGAUAUGAUUAUGCAGUUCAUCACGAGGGAGAACUGUCUGAUUUUGGCUGUCACACCAGCCAACACCGAUCUCGCGAACUCAGAUGCACUGAAGCUAGCCAAAGAAGUUGAUCCUCAAGGUCUGAGGACCAUUGGCGUCAUCACCAAGCUGGAUCUCAUGGAUGAAGGAACGGAUGCCAGGGAUGUGCUAGAGAACAAGCUGCUGCCUCUUCGCAGGGGCUACGUGGGGGUGGUCAACAGAAGCCAGAAGGACAUAGAUGGAAAGAAAGACAUCAAGGCGGCUAUGCUGGCAGAAAGGAAAUUUUUUCUUUCUCACCCGGCGUAUAGACACAUUGCUGAUCGUAUGGGGACCCCUCACCUCCAGAAGGUCCUGAAUCAGCAACUUACCAACCAUAUCCGAGACACCCUACCCAACUUCAGGAACAAGCUACAGGGGCAGUUGCUCUCCAUAGAACACGAAGUAGAAGCCUUCAAAAACUUCAAGCCAGAAGACCCCACAAGGAAGACCAAAGCGCUGCUGCAGAUGGUCCAACAGUUCGCUGUAGACUUUGAGAAGAGAAUCGAAGGGUCGGGGGAUCAAGUAGACACGUUAGAGCUCUCUGGCGGUGCUAAGAUCAAUCGCAUUUUCCACGAACGCUUUCCUUUUGAGAUAGUGAAGAUGGAGUUCAAUGAGAAAGAACUGAGGAGAGAAAUAAGCUAUGCAAUCAAAAACAUACAUGGGAUCAGGACAGGGCUGUUUACCCCAGACAUGGCAUUUGAGGCAAUAGUCAAGAAGCAGAUAGUUAAGCUGAAAGGGCCUUCCCUGAAGAGUGUGGACCUGGUAAUGCAGGAACUAAUCAACACUGUGAAGAAGUGUACCAAGCGACUGGCAAACUUCCCCAGACUUUGUGAAGAAACAGAAAGGAUUGUUGCUAACCACAUCCGUGAGCGAGAAGGGAGGACAAAGGACCAGGUCCUGCUAUUGAUUGACAUUCAAGUCUCUUACAUUAACACCAAUCAUGAGGACUUCAUCGGCUUUGCAAAUGCUCAGCAGAGGAGCAGUCAGGUUCACAAGAAAAGCACAAUUGGAAACCAGGGAACCAAUCUUCCGCCUUCAAGGCAAAUUGUGAUUCGUAAGGGCUGGCUGACCGUCAGUAACAUUGGCAUCAUGAAAGGAGGCUCGAAGGGCUACUGGUUUGUCCUCACUGCAGAAAGCUUGUCCUGGUACAAAGACGAUGAGGAGAAAGAGAAGAAAUACAUGCUUCCACUGGACAACCUGAAAGUCCGGGAUGUGGAGAAGGGCUUCAUGUCCAGCAAACAUGUCUUUGCACUCUUCAACACAGAACAAAGGAAUGUAUACAAAGACUAUCGUUUCCUGGAGCUGGCCUGUGAUUCCCAGGAAGACGUUGACAGCUGGAAAGCAUCUCUGCUCAGAGCUGGGGUCUAUCCAGACAAAUCUUUAACUGAAAAUGAUGAAAAUGGACAAGCAGAAAACUUUUCCAUGGACCCACAGUUGGAGAGGCAAGUGGAGACCAUACGAAACCUAGUGGACUCCUACAUGUCAAUAAUCAACAAAUGCAUCCGAGACCUAAUUCCAAAAACAAUAAUGCAUCUUAUGAUCAAUAACGUUAAAGACUUCAUCAACUCUGAACUCCUAGCGCAGCUCUACUCUUCUGAGGACCAGAACACUCUGAUGGAAGAGUCCGCGGAGCAGGCUCAGCGCCGGGAUGAGAUGCUCCGAAUGUACCAAGCCCUGAAAGAAGCCCUUGCGAUCAUCGGUGACAUCAACACGGCCACUGUGUCCACCCCAGCCCCACCUCCAGUAGAUGACUCCUGGCUCCAGCAUUCCAGAAGGUCGCCUCCACCAAGCCCCACCACCCAAAGAAGGCUGACUCUAAGUGCGCCCCUCACGAGGCCCACAUCCGGCCGUGGACCAGCUCCCGCUAUUCCCUCUCCAGGCCCCCACUCGGGGGCUCCCCCAGUCCCAUUCCGUCCUGGCCCAUUACCUCCUUUUCCCAACAGCAGUGACUCCUUUGGAACCCCUCCGCAAGUUCCGUCCAGGCCCACCAGGGCACCCCCCAGUGUUCCAAGCCGGAGGCCACCCCCAUCACCAACUCGCCCCACUAUAAUCCGUCCGCUAGAAUCCUCACUGUUAGACUAAACGAAGUGUCCGGCAUGGCAAUUAACCACUAAUGAUUUAUGCAAACGCAGCACAUUCGGUAACCUUUGCAGCCAUGAGUAGUCGCAUGUAUGGACCUCCAUAGGCAAGUAGCCAGUCUCACUAACGUGUACACCACUCAUCUUCAUUGCUCAUGGUAUGUCAGACCUUUGGGGUUUGAUUCUGAAAACCUGCACCCCUGUAGAGAGGCUUAAUAUGUUGUAUUGACCAAGGUAGUUUUAUAUAGCAGUUUUAUAUACUUUGGUACCACUUAUCUAACCAACAUAUGUGGGAAGUUGCUUUGGAGGAGUUUUCUAAGAUGUCUACAGAGAAGCUUGUGAUGCUUCUUAACAGAUACAAGAGUGUGAGCUUGGAACCACACCGACUUUUCCCACAUUCUGUUUAGGGCAGCAGAAACUCUGCUGUCCGAUAAUUAAAGCCACCACUCAGUCUGCAGCUGCUUAUUUAGGCUUCUUUCCCUCCUUAUUUCAUAGGACUGCUAAAAAAGCGAGGUUUAGGAUUGCUUAAGAUGGAAGCUUUUCAGGAGCGUGAGGCAGUGUGCAAAGGGAAAGUCUCCAGGGUUUGCCCUGGGGAGCUUCUCCUAGUGCCUGUGUGUUUUGCUUCAUGCUAGAAACACAAGCAACAUCAAGGCAAAGCUUGGGUGGGGGGGGGUGGUAAUCAGUUGAUAGAUUUGGCUACUUUAAGAGUUCAAAGAAGAAGCAAAAGUAAAUUACCAUUCUAAAAGUGUUUGAGAAAAAAGAAUUUAUUAUCUUAUUAUUUACCCCUUGUGGGCUAUGAUGAAGGCUGACACUGAAAGUGUUUAAUUUUCCAAUUGAUUGUGGGGCAUGGGUAACUAACUUCAUUUGGUUAUUAUGAUUAUUAUUUUGGCUGGAGAAAAUUUAAAUCUAUGCUAGCACAUGAUUUCUAUGGUUUACAUAUAAAUGAUUAUACAAAAAUCCUUUUAAAAUGACUUUAAUGUCUCUACCCAUUCCAGACUCUCUUAAAUCUUGCAAUUUACUCUGACACAAUUGCAUGGGAAGUGUGGCCCCUGGUAUGGUGGGAAGGCAAUCUAUCAGAGAUGCCAUGAUUUAAGAGCACAGCUCACAUGUUUACAGAUGCCUUGCUCCAGCUUGCUCCUGAAAUACCACGUCUUUGCCAUAUUGAGCUGCAGAACAAGUUUGCAGUUUCUAGGAUCUCUAAACUUUACAAGAGCAUCCUAGACUAGAGGUUAUUAGUUCAGCCUUGAGGCUAAGUUUUGAACUACCUAUGACCAGAUGGUUAGCAUGUAGGAAACAGCUAAAGGCCAAAUGGAAUUCUGUCUGCUAACUGCACCCAGACAGCAGAGCAGGCUUUCACUGAAUUGUAGCAUCCUGAGACAUUAUUUCAUAAUCACAAAGGUAGAUCAGGUUUUACUAACUGCAGCAUCUCCUGUUGAAGGCAGUCAACAUGAUUUGUAUGCAAACUUCACUUUCAUUUCCUGUGCAGUUUCUACCCAAAGCAAGUGGCUAUAAAGUAUGAUGUAAAACCCUUUAACCAUUAUUUUAAAAAGUUUUUCCCCAAGUGAAAUGCCACUGCAUUGAACAUAUUAUAAUGGGUUAGAUCCCACUUAUAAUUGGCAAAAAUUAGAGAAUAUGAAACAUACAGAUGGGGUAUUUUUCAACCUUUAAGUGACAUAGAAUAGCUCUAACAUCUCUAGUUUUUUUCCCUGUUGAAAAAAAAAUAUUUGUGAAUAGAACUCAUGUAAAACAGGCACACUGUCUUUGAAAACAGUGUCCCAGCUAAAUGGAAAAAUAUCAAGCAAACGUUUAUAAUCAAACAACUAAUAGGCAGUGAGGUCCUCCUACAAUACCCUUCCUUUCAGUGGCCCCUUUUACAUCUUCCUAAAGUACUCUAAAAUAGGCAGAUACAGAAUUAGAUACUUCAGGGUUUGCCUUUGUUCUUCCUGUGGUUUUGCGUCUUGCUGUAUUUCAAAUUUUUCCUUCUGUUGGAGGAAACUGUUGGAGAAAACCACUGGUGUGUUCUCAAAUCAACACAAACCAAUGUCAAGGAAAACUGGGGAUUUGUCUCUCCAAAUUUCUUCCCACUGAUCCUAGAUGGUCGUAAACAAUGCUCUCGUCAUCUUUAGCUUUUGCUUCUUGAUCCACAGAUUCCAUGUCCCAAAUGUCUCCCUUUGUCAGGACAGUUUUGUUCUCUUUGCUACUGUGUUAUAUCUGGUGGCAGCCAGAAUCCCCUACUCCACCACCCCCCUCCAGCAUUUUGACACUGGCACCCCAGAAUAUUUUCAGAUUGCUGCAGUUAGAAGGGUUUGCACUCUGUUAACAGGAGACACCAACAUGAAUGAAGCCUGAAGUUUCACUGGAGUGUUUGGAGUACAUGUCAGGCCAUGAGAUAGGAAUGUAAGCUUGAAGGGCCUUCUGCUUCCCACCCCAUUUCUAAUCUCUCAGUCAACCUCCUGGUAGAUGAUGCCAAUGUUGUCAGCACAAUAGACAUAGCUUUAUCUUGUCUAGCAUAAUAAUAACUUUAAAAAGUGUUUUUAGGAUUUGAAAAGGUAAUUGUACAUGGUUGAUAAGUAAAGCCAGUUUUUCUGUCACAUGCUAAAUUUUGCAUGCAGAUUGGCUAACUGGAAUAACCAACCAUUUGUGGAUGGACUGUGAAACAGUAUUGAUUUAGAACAGAUUUAUUUCCAAAAAUCAUCUACCAAGAAUACCUUCUUGAAUAUUGCCUUUAGGUGUGUUUUACAACGUAGAUGAGCAGUGGGGUCUAUUUAUUGGCAAUUUCUCUGUUUGUGCAGACACAUACUCCAUCUAUCCGAAAGUGUAACCAAACAGUUCCUGUGAUAUAAGCAUUCUAAAUUUAGAAUUAAGAAGUAGCAACAUAGAUUUGUGAUUUUCUUAGACUGUAGCCAUACUCUAAACUAUGAAAUGGGACCUGACACCAGUAUGUGACAAGUGUUGUUUUCUGUGCACUCAUUUUCUCUGCAUGCCUCUAGGAAGACACUAUGUACAUAGUGACCAUGUAUUUUGUGUCCUUUUGAGUAAGUAGGUUCAAAAGCAAUUACUAAAAUGCCAUUAAGCAUGAAUGUGAUUUUAUGUGCACCAUAUAUAUAUGAAUAUAAAUAUCAGUGUAAACCUGUGCUCAGUAUGUAAGAGUAUGAAUAUAUUUUUAACUGUGCUAAUAUAUGAUACAUGUUGGGAGGAGCUGCCAUAACAUGAUUAUGGUAGUUCAUUUCUCAUAACAUACAUGAGAAACACAAGAUCUCCUAACUCAUACUGUAUAUAUUCUGAGGGGCACAACGCUUAUGACAACUGUGAUGAUCACCAUAAUUAUAACCAUGGCAAGGUAGAGUAAUGUCUAUGAUCAUCUGUAUUGAAGCCCACAGCACUGCUACCUAAGAAGGCAUUACUUUUUGGGUGAUACUUUGAUUUAAAAAAAAAAAAGAUUUGGAAGCUUUUAUCCAGGGUCUCUAGUUAGAAUUGUAUUAUCUGGGGAUUGAGUGGACUCUAAAAAAAAAAAAAAAAAAAAAAAAGCUAAGCUAAUCUGUAUAGUCGUGAGUUCUCUUCAGUAAAGGUUAAAAGAAUAAAAAGUCAGCAGCACAAUGAAAGUUAUAGGUCAUUCUGAACAAAACUGUUAAAACACACAGGGGACAGGAUACUCAGUUCCUUGCAGGUAUGUUUUCUACACUGUCAGGUAAACCUUUGACAUUUGGAAAACUGUGCAAUUACUUUAAAUUGAUGAGAAUCUCUGUAGGAUGAGUAACAAAGCCUAAACAGACCUCCUAGCUGUCUUAAUUCAGUGAGAGAUGUCUGUGUGUAAGACUGAAGCGUGAGCUUUGUCGUUUCACCUAGCACUGGUAGCUGUGAACGCAAGAGUUCCUACGAUUGAAGCCAAUUUUAGAGAAAUAACGGAUAGUUCACCAGAUCCUUUAGUCUUUUCUAAAGAACUCAGUUUGUCUUCUAGAUAAUAAUAGGCCAUCUGUCUAGCUGAUGUGUUUUAAAUUAUGUGGUGCUCUGUAUGUGAAACUUUUAACAAUAUUUUUGAAGUAUAUAUAGUCUAUGCAUCUCUAGCUGUGUAUAUAUACAUACAUGUAAUAAUAUCUGUGUGUGUGGAGAGCAAGAGACAGGAACCUCAAGGAAUCUCCUGUUUAAGACCCGUUAGUACUAGCAGACUGGUGAGACUCCUCAUUCCACUGCUCAAGGGCUUCCCGUGUGGCUCAGCUCAAGGCAUUCAUUUCCUUAUGACCCUUUACCUUUAAAUCCCUUAAACUUUCCCCAUAAUGUUUUCAAUGUACACAAAAAACAACCCACUGUCUUGUACUGACUGCUGCCAAUCUGUGAAAAUGACUCCUCACAAACCAGAAACACUAUAACCUUGUAUGUCUGAUUUCAUAUGUGUACUGCUUUUGUUUCGUGGGCUUGUAUGUGUUCCUCUUCUCUCCCAGUUCUGAAUCAAACUUCAUUUUGCUUUUGUGUGAAUGAUUGAGUACAUAGACGUCAAACCUUGUUUUCUCUGUUGAUUCUUUAACGUGAGCCGGAAUACUUCCCACUGUCGUUUUUACCACUUUGGGGAUUUCUUAAUGCUGGAUUAAUAUGGAUUCUGUGAAUGGGAUUUUUGAAGCAAAUUCCUAAAGCCUGUAUCAUCCUUGAAGGUCAUGUACCUAUUGUGAAAAAAAUGUGAAACUGUAUUUCUGAACCUGAAAUAAAUUAUUACAUUUGAAGGAAUCCCCCAA